AUGCCGUCAGAAGAAGAAGCGACGCCCAACGCAAGGACAGAAGAAGAUCAAAAGAAAAUGGCAGCAAAGAAUCAAGAAGGAAAGGCAAAACCUAAGAAGCGCAGCGGCAAACCUAUGGAGUCGACUUCAGCAGCAAAACGAACUCGCGAAGACGGGGGGACCCCUUCCAGCUCCAGCUAUGAUCUCUGGAAGGACUUCUGCGAGCGAGGAACAGAUGCCUUCAAAGACAACCAGAAGAAGGUCAAUGUGAUGGAAAGACAAGGAGCGAGCACUCGGGACAGCCACCUGCAGAUGAUCGACACGCGCAUGGAAAAGAUUGAGAAGAGCCUAGCGGAUCACCACGAAUUCGUCAAACAGACUGUAGCUCCAACUAACCUAGUCAUCAAACCAGAGCACGUGGACGAACUGCUAAAGAGAGUCACGACGAGUUCAACCGAGAUGCAGUCCAGCCUCGAAGAACAAAUGGAUAACGCGAAGAAUCGUAUCCUCAUGGAAAUGGAUGAAAUGUUCAAAGAGGUAGACCGAUGCAGAACCGAAGUCGAAAGGGUCAGCAACAAUGCCGUGAUGCAUGAAGUCAGAGAAGUGUCGAUACAUCUAGCCACCUUCCGAACCGAGGUCAACCAACGAUUCGUGGCAUUGGAAAAGAGGCUAGAUCAAAUGCCAGUUAUCGUGUCUACGCUUCGAAGGAUCGAAAUGCAGUUGAAGAAGUCAGACGGAGGCGACUCAGGAUCAGUCAAAGAGGAGGCGAGGAGACAGAGGACUGAGGAAUCAAUCCAGUUCAGUCUUCGCAACAACACCAACCUCAGUCGUGAGCCGGAACAAGAAAGGGAGAAAAGAUCCAGAGAGCUCAGAAAGGAAGAAUACGAAGCAGGCGAGAUCAAAGAGAAGCGAGAAGACAAAGAAAUCCUAGAAUCGAUGGCGAAGGUGGACAAAGAUCUUCGUAGAACCAAACACGAGAUCUUCGCUCUCAGCCACAAAAUAGAAGAGUUAAGAAGAGAAGACCACAAAGCAAAUGAGUCUAAAAUCUACUCAAUGAGGGAAAAGAAGUACGAGCUGCUAGAUGAGGAAAUGGCACUUCAAAGGAAAAAGGAUGAUCUGAAGAUGGCCCUAUACGAAUGGACCAGAAAAAGGGACACCACGACACAACAGACAACGAGCAGAACUUUUAUAGCAUCAACCAGCCAUCGAUAUCAAAGGUCAACAACGCCGCGCCAUGGCAGCCAGAAGGGGUCACCGGAAAGAAGUCGUUAUCGUACCCCAUCGCACCGAGACUCUACCCGCAGGUCAUAUAGCCCUGGCUUAGGUCGCCGGGGAGUAUAG